AAUGUAAACAAAUCAUGUCAGUUUUCUCGCAGCCGUCCAUCACAUAAUAAAUUUUUGUAUAUUUUUUUUCAAAAUUGUUUGUUCACUCGAAAUUUUUGUAAAACUGUUUUAAUUUAUACCGUUUAUAUUCAAUAGCAUUCAAAAUUGCAAGUUAUCAAAAUGAGGGAGUGCAUAUCCAUCCACGUGGGGCAAGCCGGCGUGCAGAUGGGCGUGGCGUGCUGGCAGCUGUACUGCCUUGAGCACGGCAUUCGGCCUGAUGGAACCCUGCCCCAGGGUAGUACCGACCACUGCGUUGUGGACUCGUGUUUCAACACGUUCUUCUCGGAAGCGGAUCGAGGGAAGAUGGUGCCGAGGGUUGUGAUGGUGGAUUUGGAGGAGACGGUUAUUGACGAAGUCCGAACAGGCGAAUACCGGCAGCUGUACCACCCGGAACAGCUGAUCACGGGCAAGGAGGACGCGGCCAACAACUACGCGCGCGGACACUACUCCACCGGCAAGGAGAUCCUUGAGCCGGUGAUGGAGAGGAUCAGGAAGCUGGCUGACCAGUGCACUGGGCUGCAGGGCUUCUUCGUGUUCCACUCGUUCGGUGGCGGCACGGGCUCGGGGUUCACGUCACUGCUGAUGAGGAACCUCUCCGACGCGUUCGGCAAGAAGAGCAAGCUCGAGUUUGCUAUAUAUCCCGCGCCACAGGUGUCCACAGCAGUGGUAGAACCCUACAACGCGGUGCUGACGACGCACGCCACCAUCGACCACUCGGACUGCGCGUUCAUGGUCGACAACGAGGCCAUCUACGACAUCUGCCGGCGGCGGCUGUCCAUUGAGAGGCCUACCUAUGUGAACCUGAACAGGCUAAUCUCACAGGUGGUAUCUUCCAUCACGGCGUCCCUGCGGUUCGACGGCGCCCUGAAUGUGGACCUAACGGAGUUCCAGACCAACCUGGUGCCGUACCCGCGCAUACACUUCCCCCUCGCCGCCUACGCGCCCGUCGUGUCGGCUGAUAAGGCAUACCACGAAGGCAUGUCAGUAUCAGAGAUCACGGCGGAACUGUUCGAGCCCCAGAACCAGAUGGUGAAGUGCGACCCGCGAGACGGGAAGUACAUGGCGUGCUGCCUGCUGUACCGAGGAGAUGUGGUGCCUAAGGACGUGAACGCGGCUAUCGCGUCGAUGAAGGGACGCGCUGGCAUCAGAUUUGUGGACUGGUGUCCUACGGGCUUUAAGGUGGGCAUAAACUACCAGCCGCCCUCCGUGGUGGUGGGCGGGGACCUGGCACAGGUGAAGCGCGCCGCGUCCAUGCUGUCCAACACCACCGCCAUCGCCGAGGCGUGGGGCAAGCUCGACCACAAGUUCGACCUCAUGUACUCUAAGCGGGCGUUUGUUCAUUGGUAUGUCGGCGAGGGUAUGGAAGAGGGUGAGUUCUCGGAAGCACGGGAGGACCUCGCAGCGCUGGAGAGGGAUUACGACGAGGUGGCCAUAGAGACGGCAGAUCUACAAGCAAGCGAAUCACAACAUGAUACCUACCCGAGAAACUAAAUACUUUAACAUCAGCUAUCCCGCCACGAAGUUCCAUCCUCCGACAAUAGAUGGCGCUAAUAGCGAAACAUUGAAAUGCUGAUGCACCAGGGAUACGGAGCUUGAGAACCAGAGUAGCUGAUACGGCGGACACCACAAAGACACGGCUGCAAGUUUUUUUUUAAUAUUGAAUAUGGCAGUUUAGCUAAAAUGCUGUUAAAGGAUAGAAAAGUCCGGGUAAAGCUACCUUGGAAACUUGGAUCUUCACAACUGGGUCAUUGACAAAACCUGAUAAGAAAUUAAGUUCAACUAUAGGUCUGAAUUUAAUUAAUUGUAUUUGCUCAAUUUAAGGAACAUUGAAAUCUUGCAAAUGUGCUCUCUCAUUUUUCACUUUCUUCAUGGAUUUUUCAUGUAUUUUUUUAUUAUAUUUAUUUAGCAAACACUCGGGGAAAUAUUUUAUAUCUUACUUUAUAUUUUUACUUUUACUUUGGAUAAAUUUAGAGGCGAGAUAGUGAUGUUAAUAUUUAUGUGUAAGAGUAAUUGUCACGUUAUAUUUGUCUACUUAGUUCGUCCCGUGUGAAAUUAUGAAAAAGUUUACCGUGAUCGUUAAUUGCCUGUAACGUCUUGUUUUUAAUAAAUUGUCUAGCAUUA